UUGACAUACUGUGCCUUCCUGUUCCAAGGAAAAGCCUGUUAGUGAAAUGGACAUCAUAACUGUGGAUUGCAUACAUGCUAAUUACCUAGGCUAAUCAAAUGUGCCUUUUUUUCCUAAAUAUGAAUGGACAAAGGUUUGUAAAAUAAUUGUGGAAAGUGAAAAAGAAGGUCAUGAUCAAAAAAUGGAACAAUAUCUGAAGUUAAAAAAAAAAACUACAGGAAACAGGAGAAAACUUCAAAAAACUUGAAUUUAUACUCAGAAUUUUAAGAAUAUGAAUUUGAAUUGAAUAAGACUGAAUUUGAAUAAGAGUAUGAAUUUGAAUUUGAAUAAGAUCAGCCUGUGAUAGGCUCAGAGAACAAAAUAAAGUACUUGGGUAGACACAUUAUUGCCAGGUGCUCAGCACAGGGUCACUCUGCCUCACUCAGGCUCCAACAGAACCUAGAACACAGCCUUUGCGGCCCUCACUGAGCCGGAAGUGCGCCCCCUUCCCUGGACGGCAUUUCCGGUUCCCUCUCAGAGCUGUCUCCCAUAUCAAAGGCCACUUCCCUCAGAUCAACCGCCACUGAUUCGGCCUCCGGCCUCCCUCACCACUCACGCUGGGCAAUCUCCGAGGCCACCACCGAAGUCGGCCCUGCCGUUGCCCACUCCGUGGCUCUCGUUUCCGCGACGUGGUCGCCCUCGCCCUGCUGCCCGGGCCGCCAGCCAUGGCCACCGCGCCGAUCUCCCAGGUCCGCCAGAACUACCACCGCGACUGCGAGGCCGCCAUCAACGGCCAGAUCAGCCUGGAGCUGUACGCCUCCUACGUCUACCAGUCCAUGGCCUUCUACUUCGACCGCGACGACGUGGCCCUGAGGAACUUCGCCCGCUUCUUCCAGCGCCACGCCCGCGAGGAGGCCCAGCACGCCGAGAUGCUGAUGGAGCUGCAGAACCAGCGCGGGGGCCGCAUCCGUCUGCGCGACGUCAAGAAGCCCGACCGCGACGACUGGGAGAGCGGCCUGAGGGCCAUGGAGUGCGCCCUGCACCUGGAGAAGAGCGUGAACCAGAGCCUGCUCGACCUGCACCAGCUGGCCACCGACAAGAACGACGCCCAGCUCUGCGACUUCCUGGAGGCCCACUACCUCCGUGAGCGAGUCAAGGCCAUCGAAGAGCUGGGAGGCCAUGUCACCAGCCUGUGCAGCAUGGGGGCCCCGGAAGCCGGCCUGACUGAGUACCUCUUUGACAGGCUCACCCUGCGCGACAGCCACAAAGAGAACUGA